CAUCAACCGACAAGCGCACCUGGAACAUGUCUUCGCCCUACGUGAUUCCUCACCGCGCCAUCUUCUCGGAAGCGGACUUGCGCCAAUUCCUCCGCUCCAAUGCGUAUGAAAUGAUUCUCCGCUUCGUCAAGCAUUUGAACGAAAGCGUGAAAGGCAAGAAGCUGACCGACGAUAUCCCCGUGUCCAAGAAUGUCGAGUCCGUCUUGGCUGUGCUCGCUACUCUGAACACAUGGAUCGACGAGAUCCCACCGAUUGCGCAGCCGAUGCGGUUCGGGAACAAGGCCUUUCGCACGUGGUACGACCGAUUGGUGGAUGUAUGUGCGCAACUCUCUUUCCCUCGCUCGUCCCAUCCCUUUUCCAUGCAUUCACGGCAACUGCGAUCGUAGGAAUCCCCGCGCAUCCACGAAGCCAUGUUGGACCCACCCGAGCUGAAAGAGGCGGCGAUCGAGUUGUGUCCGUACUUGAUCGACAGUUUCGGCAACCGCGUGCGGAUCGAUUAUGGCACGGGCCAUGAAACGAGCUUUAUCAUCUGGUUAUGCGGGCUACACAAAAUCGGGUUCCUCCGCCAAGCCGACUUCCCCGCCAUCGUGCUCAAGAUCUUCCACGCGUAUCUCGUCCUCAUGCGCCGCCUCCAGAAGGUGUACAUGCUGGAACCGGCGGGGUCGCACGGGGUAUGGGGACUGGAUGACUACCAGUGCCUGCCGUUCUACUUUGGGUCGUCCCAGCUCGUGGGCCAAACCAACCUCGCGCCCAGCUGCGUGCAUGACGAUGGGACGCUGCAGCUCCACCACGGAGAGUACUUGUACCUGGACGCGGUCAAGUUUGUGCGCGACGUCAAGUCGUCCGGGUCGUUCGCCGAGACGUCGCCGAUGCUCAACGACAUCAGCGGCGUGCACUCGUGGGACAAGAUCAACGGCGGCAUGCUCAAGCUUUACGAAGGCGAAGUGUUGCACAAGUUUCCUGUGAUCCAGCACCUGCUCUUUGGGUCGCUCUUGCCGUGCACGUGGACACCGUCGCAAAGCGGCGAAACGUCCUACACACCUGUGAGCACGCACCCGGGCACCCGCGUCCAUGCGCCCAACUGGGACCUGCCCGUGAACGACUCGGCGCCGUGGACCCCCGUCGAGAGUCUGGCCAAGACGGUCGCGGACACGCAAACCGAAGCAUUCUUGGCGCCACCACCACGCAAGGAAUAAGGGAAACGGACAUGACGAACGAGUGGAUAUGAACGUACAGUCUUUCGUAUCCCUAUAAUGACAUGAUAAUGUGCAUUUUCCUGUUGUUUA